UACCUGUACAUCCAGACCGGUAAAACACGCAGGUGUCAGCAGAGAGAGAGAUAAAUACAGCGCCUGCCAUCAAGAAGCCGAUUAUCCGCAAACCUCUGCGUCUUUCAUCUUCCUCCUCAUCUCAUAACCGACGCGUGAUUUGACAACAAGACGAGGAGCUUUAUUUCCCGCGCGCGCGAGAUGUUUUAGAAAUGGAAAAUUCAUGAGGAGGAAUAAUAUUGACAAUAAAUGCACUUAUUCCCUGAGGAACUUUCCAAGGGCGGAUGAAUUACACAGCGGGGAACGACUGGGUUCUCCUUGGAACUUUCCGGAGUCCGUUUCUACUGUCUUGAACCUGCAGGAGCAUCAGUAGAUCUGCAUUAUGGACGGCGAUGGUCAACCUCCGGCUUCAAACGGUGACUCCAAGCUUCGCUCCAGAGGGGGUUUCUCCCUGACCGGCUGGCGUUCGUCCUCCAAGACUUUACUGCGAGGAGAAGCCGAGGACGUGAGCCGGAGACUGCUAUCCAUCGUGAACCACAACCAGGAGCGCUCGGAUUCAGGGGCCAGUCCCACCUCAAAGUCCCUGGAGGUGACCGCAGGGUUAGACGGGACCACAGCCACCACAACCACCGUGACCGCUGCCACCCCGCCUCUCCCCCAUAAAGCCAUGCCCGAGUCCUCAGGAGCCCCAGUGGCGUCUGAAGCAGAGGAUGGGCCGUUUGUUGACCAGUCCACGUUCCUCCAGAGGCAGUUCAGCUCCAUGCUCCAGCCUGGGGUCAAUAAGUUCUCCCUGCGGAUGUUUGGGAGCGCUAAAGGGGUCGCGGCCGAGCAGGACAGGGUCAAGUCAUUUGGGGUGUGGAUUAUACAUCCAUACAGCGACUUCAGGUUUUACUGGGACUUGGUGAUGCUUUGCCUGAUGAUGGGAAACCUGGUCAUCCUUCCCUGGGGCAUCACCUUCUUUGAGGACCAGAACACCCUGCCGUGGAUCACCUUUAAUGUGGCCUCUGACACACUUUUCCUGGCCGACCUCGUCUUCAACUUUCGCACUGGCAUUAUGGAAGGUGACAACUCUGAAAUCAUCCUAGACCCGCAAAUCAUCAGCCGGCGUUACCUGCGAGGAUGGUUCCUGGUGGACUUCAUCUCCUCCAUACCAGUGGACUACAUCUUCCUGAUAGUGGACAUAGAGUCCCGGCUGGAGUCAGCGGAGGUGUAUCGCACCGCCAGGGCUUUACGCAUCGUCCGCUUCACCAAGAUCCUCAGCUUGCUCAGACUGCUGCGCUUGUCCAGACUUAUACGGUACAUUCAUCAGUGGGAGGAGAUCUUCCACAUGACCUAUGACCUAGCAAGCGCAGUGGUUCGCAUAGUGAAUCUGAUUGGGAUGAUGCUGCUGCUGUGUCACUGGGAUGGCUGCAUGCAGUUCAUGGUGCCAAUGCUGCAAGACUUCCCUUCGACCUGCUGGGUCUCCAAAAACAACAUGGUGAAUUCCACUUGGGACGUGCAAUACUCCUACGCCUUGUUUAUGGCCAUGAGCCACAUGUUGUGUAUUGGAUAUGGUGCUCAGGCUCCCGAGGGACCCACUGAUGUCUGGCUCACAAUGAUCAGCAUGAUAAUUGGCGCCACUUGCUAUGCCAUGUUCUUGGGCAAUGCCACCAACCUGGUCCAGUCUUUAGAUGCUUCCCAUCGUCAGUACCAAGAAAAGUACAAGCAGGUGGAGCAGUACAUGUCCUUCCACAAGCUGCCAGCUGACAUGAGGCAGCGGAUCCAUGAUUAUUAUGAGCACCGCUUUCAGGGCAAGAUGUUCGAUGAGGAGAAUAUCCUGGAAGAGCUCAGCGACCCACUAAAAGAGGAGAUCGUGAACUAUAACUGCCGUGGGCUGGUGGCUAACAUGCCCCUCUUUGCAAACGCUGAUCCUCAUUUCGUCACAGUGCUCCUCUCAAAGUUACGUUUCGAGGUCUUUCAGCCGGGUGAUGUCAUCAUUCGCGAAGGGACGCUGGGUCGUAAGAUGUACUUCAUCCAGCAUGGCUGUGUCAGUGUGAUCACUUCAGACAAUAAAGAGAAGAAACUGAAUGACGGCUGCUACUUUGGGGAGAUAUGUCUGCUGACCCGUGGACGCCGCACGGCCAGCGUCAGGGCCGACACUUACUGCAGACUUUACUCUCUCAGCGUGGACAGCUUCAAUGAAGUCUUGGAGGAGAAUCCAUUAAUGAGGAGGGCCUUUGAAAACGUAGCAGUCAACAGAUUGGGUCGCGAGUCAAACGGCUAUGAGCAUUCCUACAAGAACAUGGAGGAUGACGGGGACUAAUGUAUUCUUUCACUCUCUGUGAACUUUGACUGAGCGGAGACUCACCCAAGACCAAUGAUGUAGGGAAAACAUGCAGGAUAAGUGUUAUUGUCUCCACAUAAUUGACUUUAAUGACAAUGUACAGUUGCAGUAUGGUGUGUUUAUUUAAUUCAAAUAGUGAUUUAUGAUUAUAUAAUGCAUAGGAUUUCACUAUCUGACAAAAGUUUUGUCGCCUAUCCAAGUUUUAGGAACAACAAAUAAUAACUUGACUUCUAGUUGAUCGUUUGGUAUCAGAAGUGUAUUAUAUGAAAGGGAAAAACCUCUAGCGUUCUUGCAGGACUCCCAGAGUUCAUCAAGAUUAUUUGAAUUCAUCUUCAAUGCCUCCUCCUUCAUCUUACUCCAGACAUGCUCAAUAAUGUUCAUAUGUGGUUACUGGGCUGGCCAUUCCUGGAGCACCUUGACCUAUUUUGCUUUCAGGAACUUUGAAGUGAAGGCUGAAGUAUGAG